AUGGUCAGUUCCGUAGGAGUAAUGGCAAUCGUUUCCCGAGGCCGACUUGUCGCCACUGCUGCAAUGUCACCUCUUAUCUUCGCUGAUGCUCCCGUUUGGUGGCAUUUGCUUCAUCCGGUCAAGAAGCGUCGGACGCAAGAUUUGUUUGCCUUGGCAUUUCCCUACUACUUUACAAAGGCAGCUGUGCUCUUGAGAAGUUGGGUCGCCUGGCCUUCGUCGUUGUAUUUGACUGACUAG